AUGGCUGAAUUUAUGGAUUAUCACCCAGAGAAAGAUCUGCGCGAUGGCUUGGAUGCAAGGAGAGCGGAUGGCCCUAACAGACAGACAACUAUCUUGCUUAGCCGUCGACCGAGACAGGACCGCGAGUGGGAUAGGUUCGUCGCAGCAGGGAUCAUGCCAGCCGUUGAUAGGUGGACUGCAAGGCUGGAUGCAGUUUUCCUUCCUGCACGGCUGCGGAGUACAAAGAGCGACUGUGCACCAAGGUCCUCCAUACCCGUUCUCCUCGAGCGCGGUGAGCCUGGGAAGACCCAAGGAGCCAUCAUCGUCGAAAGCCAGCAACUGCGAGUGCUUGCCGGAGCACAGGGCAGUGCCAUGAGGCCUGGAGAUGCACCGCCCAUUGACACCGACGCUGCCACAGUUCAGCCACGUCAACAGACACCUGAGGUGCCAAGGCCGAAAGACAGGAUGGUGGUUCCGGCCGUCCCGAGUAUGUCGGCUUGGAUCUGGACAAGUUGA